AUGGAGCAGAGCGGGACGAUUCUGGUGGGCGUCGGCGUGCUUGUGCUCGAGUUUGGUGAGCGGUUUGAGGAGACGGCGAUUCGGGAGCUGGCCGAGGAGACGGGCAUCGCCAUCGGGGAGAACGCCCAGGUUGUGGCGCCGCUCGAGACGGUUGAUGUACUGGGGACGGUAAUGCCAGAGGAGAAGCUGCAUGCCAUUGUGCCAUUUGUGUGCGCGUAUGUGGGUGCCGGCUGCCCGGAGCCGGAGCGUGUCGAGCCGCACAAGUGCGCCGGGUGGGAGUGGAUGGCGUGGGGCGCGCUGAAGGCCAUGGACGACACCGAGCUCUUUGGUCCGCUGCGGGACUUUGUGCGCAAGGGCGAGUGGGAGCCGGCGCAUCCGGGACGAGAGUGA